UACAUCUUUGAUUCCAACUCCUCAUCCCAAACAAAAGCUAGAGAUGGCAACCAAUACUUCUGGUGCUUCUUCUUCAGCAGCUUCAACGGCUGAUCUUGCAAGCAGCAGCAAGACAUCCACACCCGUACAUCUAAUCGUAUUGUGUCAUGGAUUAUGGGGAGAACCAAAGCAUUUACGUACUCUUGAGACCUUGUUAGCAAAUUCAUUUGGAGAACAAACAACGAUUGUGAAUGCGACUGGGAAACGUGAGAAGACAAAGUUUGUUGGGAAUGAAAGUGAUGAUUCAAUAAAGAAGAGCACAAAGAAGACCAAAGAAGAAAUAAAGAAAGAAAAAGCACAAAAGGAAGAAGAAGAAUUAGACAGAUUACACGAGAAGCUAUUGAGCAAAUAUGCGAGCAAAGUACGUGAUCAAAAUGCAGAAGAUCAUAUGAAUGUCGUCAUUUUAAACACUUCUAGCAAUGAAGGUGGAAAGACGUACGAUGGAAUCGAUUGGUUGGGCGAAAGGGUUGUUCGAGAAAUUAAAAUCGAACAGAGAAAGCUUGCUAAGGAAGGAAAACAAAUUGAACGUUUCAGUAUGGUUGGUUAUUCACUUGGUGGAUUGGUUGUACGAUUUGCUGCUGGAUUACUCGAAUCUCAAUCUUUCUUCACCCCAGCCAGAAGACCGCCAAUUCAAGCACGUCAAGUGAUCACAAUCGCUACGCCUCACAUUGGCUCACCUCCAGGUUCAGGUACAUUUGGACGUUUGGUCGGCUAUUUCGGUGCUAGACUUCUAAGCAGAACAGGUGAACAGAUUUAUGGAGCAGAUCAAGGAUGGCAAGUUGAAGGCGAGGAAGGAAAGGUUGGCCUUUUGGAAUAUAUGUCAAAACCCGAUACGUACUUCAUUCGUGCUUUGAAUCGAUUCGAAAAAGUACACUUUUAUGCAAAUGCAGUCAAUGAUAUUACCGUGCCUUUCCGAACAGGAUGUAUUGAGCUUUGGGAUCCAUUCGUAGAACAGGAAGAUGGAGUAGACGUAAAGUUAUUAUCUGACGCUGCCAUUUUGACAGACGUUCAACUUCACGAACCCGAAAAGCAGACUUUCUUGCAAAAUAUUCGCGCCAAAGUCAGCAAGACGCCCGGUUUUCUCAACCCCAACAGAAUUCCGAUGAAUUUCCCCUACAAUUAUAUCAUCUUCUUCGGUCUACCAGUCUUGUUUCCAAUUUUUGCCGUUCGAGUCGUUUAUAAGCUGUCCAAAGACAGUCAGAAGAGUCGACUUCGAAUUGAAGAGCUAGAACGAAAAUGGAACGAGCUAGAAUUUGAGGAGGAUGGUAAUGAAGAGCAAAAUCAGACAUCCAUCGAAUCGGUAGAAGACGAUAAACAAACUAGAAACGCAACUGAAGAAAGAACGUCAAGGUUGAUGAAGAAUAUGGUCAUGGCCGUUGCUGAAGAUAAUGUAGAAAGCGAAAGAGACCUAAUACCCGGUCUAGCCACACCACAUGAACACGUCACAACCGAGCCAUCGCAAACCACUCGUCCACCUUGGCAUUCACCUUGGAAGCAUGGAGAAUUGCCAAAAUCCAAAAAGCAAGCACCUUUAUCGCCAGCUCAACGUACAAUGGUUGCGAAUCUUAACAAUCCAGAUAUUUUGCCUAAAUUGACAAAAGUAUGGACUUAUUACCCGGAUAUGAAUAACAGUCAUGCGAUCAUCAUUGCACGUUCACUUUCUAUCGAACCACACCGGAAAGGACUACCGAUCGUUAAGCAUAUCGUGGACGAUUUCUUAUCUUGAACAAAUUUUUACUUGCUAUAGAUUUACUGCCUUUUACCAUUUUUUGUAUUUUUAGAUUGAUAUAAUACACAACACAUUGCUCUUCUCAACAGCUUUUCUCCUACUUGUUCGUUAUACAGAUUA